CGCUGUCAAAGAAGGAAGAAGAAAGAAAGGGGAAGAGCUGAACAGCAGCUGAAUUAUCGCUAACGAGAAAAUGGAUACACGGUUCACUCGAGGGAAAUCCAACAUCCUUGAGCGCCCUCUGACCAGACCCAAGACUGAAGUCAGCCUGAGUGCCUUUGCGCUUCUGUUCUCAGAGAUGGUGCAGUACUGUCAGAGCCGCGUGUACUCCGUGUCUGAGUUGCAGACACGCCUGGCGGACAUGGGCCAGAGCGUGGGAGCCAGCAUGCUGGAUGUGCUGGUGCUGAGGGAGAAGAAUGGGAAGAGGGAGACCAAAGUGCUGAACAUGCUCCUCUUUAUCAAGGUUAACGUGUGGAAGUCCUUGUUCGGAAAAGAGGCUGACAAGCUUGAGCAGGCCAACGAUGACGACAAGACGUAUUACAUCAUAGAGAAAGAGCCGCUUAUCAACGCGUACAUCUCUGUGCCCAAGGAGAACAGCAGUUUGAACUGCGCUGCCUUCACUGCGGGCAUCGUGGAAGCCAUCCUCACACACAGCGGCUUUCCCGCAAAGGUCACUGCCCACUGGCACAAAGGCACCACGCUGAUGAUAAAGUUUAACGAGUCAGUUAUAGCCAGGGACAAGGCUUUGGAUGGCAGAUAAGAAAGACUGGAGAGGGCGAGUUGUUAUGUAAAUCUGUACAGGAUGAGGAUAAGUCAUCGAGGUCCAGGCUGUUGUUUGUAUCUGAAGUAUCGGUGACUGUGAAUGAAUCUUCUUGUGGUAACUGAUGAGACAAGGUGACAUUACAGAUGGAUCGCUGUGCUGUACUGAGCCACAUACAGAGCAGAAAAUACGCCCCUAGUUGGUUUUGUUGAUCAUCUUUUUCUGGUUUUGCCUCCUGAAGGGGUUUAAUUUUGCAGUUUUUUGUUUUGGUUCGUUUUUUUGGUCGCAUAUUUACAGCAAUUUAUAAAGCAUAAAUAUAUUGGAUGAAACAUUCAUGACCAA